GAGCCGUGCUCUGAGCCGUCUCCUGGUUCCUCCUGGCUGCCUGGGUGCGACCAUGCUUCCUCGCUGGGCAAAGCAUCCCUUUGGCGCUUCCCCCAGAGCCGCACCGAGGCUGCGGGAGCAGGAGAGACCCGCCGAGCCCGGGGACUACAGGCUGACUCCGUUGCUCGUGGAUCCCGAAAGGACGAGCACCCACAUGAUCUCGGCGGACGAUGCCGAGUACCCGCGGGAAUACCGGACCUUGGGCAACGGCACCCGGCGCUUCUCCAACGUAGGGCUGGUGCACACCUCGGAGCGGCGGCACACCGUCAUCGCCGCCCAGAGCCUGGAAGCCCUCACCGGCCUCCAGAAGUCGGAGAUGGAGCGCAAGCGGGACGCCUUCAUGGACCACCUGAAGAACAAGUACCCGCAGCACGCACUGGCGCUCCGGGGACAGCAGGAGCGCAUGCGGGACCAGCAACCCAACUACUGGAGCUUUAAGACAAGGAGCUCCCGGCACUCCCAGGGCUCCCAACCCGGCUUGGCCGAUCAAGCCAAACUCUCCUUCGCCUCGGCCGAAUCCCUGGAAACCAUGUCGGAAGCGGAGCUGCCCCUGGGGUUCAAUAGGAUGAACCGGUUCCGCCAGAGCUUGCCCUUGUCCCGGUCCACCAGCCAGACGAAGCUGCGAUCGCCAGGGGUCCUUUUCCUGCAGUUUGGGGAUGAGACGAGGCGCGUCCACAUCACCCACGAGAUCAGCAGCAUGGACACCCUGCACGCCCUCAUUGUCCACAUGUUCCCCCAGAAGCUCACCAUGGGGAUGCUGAAGUCUCCAAACACUGCCAUCCUCAUCAAGGACGAGUCACGCAAUGUCUUCUAUGAGCUGGAGGAUGUCCGCGAUAUCCAGGACAGGAGUAUCAUUAAAAUCUACCGGAAAGAGCCACUCUAUGCCUCAUUCCCAGCCUCGCACAUCACCAACGGCGACCUGAGGAGGGAGAUGGUGUACACCUCCAGGGAGUCAUCUCCCACCCGCCGGCUGAACAACAUGUCCCCGGCUUCCCACCUCACCUCGGGCUCCCCUCCGCCGGUGCUCCAGUCCUCCUCCCCGUCCCGCUCCCGCAUGUCCUACAGCGGGGGCCGCCCGCCCUCCUACGCCGGCAGCCCCGUCCAUCACAGCGAGCGUCUCUCCAACCUGCCGCCCGCCCAGGGCGUCUCGCCCAGCCCCAGCGCCAUCCUGGAGCGCCGGGAUGUGAAGCCAGAUGAGGACCUGGCCGGGAAGAACGUGGUGCUGGUGAAGAACGAGGGGCUGUAUGCCGAUCCCUACGGCAUGGUGCACGAGGGCCGGCUCAGCAUCACCUCCACCCAGUCCCUGGCUGGCAUGGGAGACCCUUUCGGCUACUCGGGGGGGCUCUACAAGCGGGGGUCCGUUCGAUCCCUCAGCACCUACUCGGCAGCCGCCUUGCAGACGGAGCUGGAGGACAGCCUGUACAAGCCCAACGCCCCCAUUUACAGCGACACGUACGGACCCGGCUUGGGUUUCCGCAUGCCCCCCUCCUCCCCGCAGAAGAUGGCUGAUGGCCGGCUGGUGGACGUGCAGCCAGGGCAGAGCCCGCACAGCCCCUACUCGGGACCCCCCAGCCGCUCCUCGCCCGUCCGUCAGUCCUUCCGCAAGGACUCCUGCUCCUCCGUCUUCAUGGAUAGCCCCGUCAACAAGCCGCGCAACCCCAGCUCCUCCGGCCCUCCGGAGCUCUUUCCUGGCCCCGGUGAUCGUCCGCUCUCGGGGUUCGGCUCCCCUGGACCAGCCAAGGACACAGAAACGAGAGAGCGGAUGGAGGCGAUGGAGAAGCAGAUCGCCAGCCUGACGGGGCUGGUGCAGAGCGCCCUGCUCCGCGGCUCCGAGGCUGAGACCCCCAGCGAGAAGACAGAAGCCACCAACGGCGGGACCCCUCCAUCAGCAUCAACCAGCCGCAGCGGGAUGGGGACACCGGUGCCUGCGCCCCCGCCGCCCUCCGCCACCAGCACGCCGGCGGGGCAGCCCACUGCCAUCACCCGCUUGCACAUGCAGCUGCACCUCCACGACCUGCAGCAGAAUGCCAGCGACCUCCGCAACCAGCUGCAGCAGCUCAAGAAGCUGCAGCUGCAGAACCAGGAGACGGUGAAGACGAUGCUGCGGCGGACGGAGACGGAGAUCAGCGUGCGGGUGACGGACACCAUGCGCAAGCACGAGGACCCCCUGCAGCGCCAGCGCAGCUUGGUGGAAGAGGAGCGGCUCCGCUACCUCAACGAGGAGGAGCUGAUCACCCAGCAGCUCAAUGACCUGGAGAAGUCGGUGGAGAAGAUCCAGAAGGAUUUGGCGCACAACCACCGGCUCAUCCCUGUGCAGGAGCUGGAGGAGAAGGCGGUGGUGCUCAAGCAGCUGGGGGAGACGCUGACAGAUCUCAAGGCCCAAUUCCCCAGCCUGCAGAGCAAGAUGCGGGUGGUGCUGCGGGUGGAGGUGGAAGCCGUCAAGUUCCUCAAGGAGGAGCCGAACCGCCUCGACGGUCUGCUCAAGCGCUGCAAGACGGUGACAGACACCCUCGCCCAGAUCCGCAGGCAAGUGGACGAGGGCGUGUGGACCUCCCCCAGCAACCUCAGCCAGUCCCCCAAGAAGGUGGCCCCCGAGACAGACGUCAGCAAAGGGCUGGAUCUGGAGAUGCCCACCAGCCCCCCAGUGAGCCUCCACCACCUGACGGCUGUCACCGAGACCCUGGGCAUGCCCAGCUUCGGGCACAGCCCCCCCCAGACCCAGACCCAUCCCUCCAAGAGCAAUAACCCUUCCCGAGCUCCGGAGAUGGUACCCGCCAAGACCCAGACGGGCCCAGAGACCCCCAGUAAGAAGAGUGCGGACAAAGCCGUGUCCGUCGAGGCUGCCGAGCGCGACUGGGAGGAGAAGCGGGCAGCGCUGACCCAGUACAGUGCCAAGGACAUCAACCGCCUCCUGGAGGAGACGCAAGCCGAGCUGAUGAAGGCCAUCCCCGACCUGGAGUUCGCUGCCAAGCACAAGCAAGGCACGGGCAGCAGCAGCGCCGCCUCCACGCCUGAGCACAAGCCCUCCAAGCCGCAGCAUGCGCCGAAGUCGGGGGGCAAGGGGGACCCCAAUGGCCGCAGGGGCUCAGACGAACUGACGGUGCCACGGUACCGGACCGAGAAACCCUCCAAAUCGCCGCCACCUCCUCCUCCGCGCCGGAGCUUCCCCUCGUCCCACGGGCUGACCACAACCCGCAGUGGCGAAGUCAUCGUCACCAGCAAGAAGGAGCCCGGUUUUAUGAAGAAGGCCGAGUCGGAGGAGCUGGAGACCCAGAAGCCCCAGGUGAAGCUGAGACGGACGGUGUCGGAGGUGGUCAGGCCGGCGUCCACCCCCCCCAUCAUCGCCUCUGCCAUCAAAGAUGAUGAUGAUGAGGACCGCAUCAUUGCGGAGCUGGAGGUGUUUCAGAGAAGCUCUGCCUCCCCUUUCCUUCCCAAGCUCCGUUACGAUCUGCUCGCGGCUGCCGUCUCCCCUGGGCACGCAGACUUGUGGCCCAACGGAGCCUCCGUUGCAGCCGAAGGAUGGAAGGAGCCGUUGGCCCUGGCAGCCCCGGGGAGCAGGGCUCUCUCCCUCCCACAGAUUGUGCUCACCGAGUGGGUGUCUGAACCGCCGUCCCCCGAAGCCGAAGCGGAGGUGUGGGUGGAAACAGGCUGCUCGGAGCACGGGGAAUGGGCCGGCAGCGGAGGAGCAGGAGGGGCGCUCGCGCCCGAGGCGGGAAGGAAAUGCCGUGUGUCUCCUGGCAGCUCCGAAAAGUCUCCGUCCGCACCUGGGUGCCCUCCAGCUUCAGCCCUGCAGCCCCCGAGCAGCCCAUCCCGGGGCUGUGCCCAUGCAGCAGCAGAGACCUGGAGGUUCCCUUUAGCAGCCAGCAAGGUCCCGUCUCUCUCAAAGCACAAAAUGAGCUGUCCCACAGGGGGAGGAGGAGGGGACGCUGCUCCGAACACUGCUGGCAGGCAAGAAGGCAGCAGCAAGACUUCACACCGAGGUUCCUUGGCUGCACAGCCGCCUCCUCCCCAGAGGGAAGCCAAGGGUCCCAGAGCUGGAGAGGCAGCGCUCCCCUGCACUGGUGCAGGCAACAGAGGGCCCGGCGCCGUACCCCGGCUUCCCGGUGAUGGGGACCCCCAAGGAGGAGCCAGGCAGAGCAUGCGGGAGGCAUCGCUUCCUCCUGGAGAUUCUGCUGGGGCUUGCAAACAAGCGCAGAGGGAGGACAGGGCGCCAGCCCCAGCCUGCCCAGCGCGAAAUCCCGGAGCUGUCCCGGGCAGGGAUGCAGCCCUGGGGGGAAGAGGACGGUCCCAGGCUCAGCAUCCCCAGGAGCAGGUCGCUGUUUUCUCAAGGCCAAGCCAUUGCGCAGCAUCACGAGGCCGGGGCGGCGUGGCUCCGGGUGCCGGGGGCGAAGGCGGCACGGAGGACACCAGGGCCGGGGGGACGGUGUUGGAGGAGCUCUGCAAAGGGCAGCUGUCCCCUUGCCGUUCCAUGACUCUGCGCAGCAAGGAGAUUUAUGAAGGCACGUAUCAGAGACUGGAUAGCCUGGAAGAGACUAUCCGUGAACUGGAAAUAACCAUCACUGAGAUCAGCAGCCAUCCCUCGGUUGAAUUUGCAUUCCCUAAAGAACUGCUAGGACAAACAGGACCUAAGGAUGCCGGCAAGGAGACCGAGGAAGGUCUGGGGGAUCUCAAACACAGUGGCUGUGACAAUAGGAGUGCCCUGGACCUCAGUCAGGCCAAAGAUGAUGCUCCCGAGGGUCCAUCUCCAAGCAAGACCAAGCCGCCUCUGCUCCCCAAGCCGCAGCUCCCCCUUGACGCUCCGCAGAGCGGUGGCGUUUCCAUCCCGGCCAUGAAGGUGGUGAACCCGGCAUCCCGGCUGAAGCAGACCCCGCAGGGCAGCCCCGACAAAAGCAAGCACAUAAAGCAGCGGAUGGAGUACAUGCGGAUCCAGGGCCAGCAGCAGGCCGCUAGACCAUCUAAAGAGGCUAGUGAGACUUCCCCCGCAGUCUCAGAAAAACCCGCAUCUGGCAGAACAUCCAUCCCCGUAUUGACUUCCUUUGGGGCAAGGAACUCCUCCAUCUCAUUCUGAGCAUCCUUGCCAGCUCCACCCAAGCGCUCUCCUGCUCCUGGGGCCGGGCUUCUCUCUUCCUUGGGCUCCUCCUCCCUGGGACUUGUCUUCUUGAGGCACCUGGAGGGAUCGCCACCCGUCCCUCUCUUUCUGUUUUUUCACUGUCUUGCUCCAAUGUGGCCGACCUCGUGUCUCGCCUCUGCUCCGCCACGGCCCGACUUGUGUCUCGCCUCUGCUCCGCCACGGCCCGACUUCUGUCUCCCAUCUCGCUCCGCAAUGGCCAACCAGCCACUUUCUCUUUCUCUCUCUUUCUCCUCCCUUUUUUCAUUCCUUUUUCCUUUUCCUUUCCGUUCAUUUGGGUUGCUGUUGGUUUGGUUUUUCUCCCUCCCUCCCUCUCCCACCCUGCCGUUUUCUGUUUAUUUAAGAGCUCUCAGAGCUUCACUCCACCAGUUUCACCAGCUUCAAGCAAGGAGGACGCCGGGCAGCGCCCGACCCCGCUGCCCGCGGGGGCAGCACCCAUCCCACCGCGGAAAGGUGGGAAACAGCGGCUGCCGAAGACGCCCCCGACACCCCCCAACCUGAGCGCUCGCUGCCCGCCGCCGCCGAGCAUCCCGGCAUCCACGACGCCGACCCGCCCGGAGGAGAGGAUGCUCGGCGCUCCAGCCAGGUCUCGGCGGUGGGCGGCGGGCGGCGCCGCGGCCAGGCUGCGUCCUUCGCUGGCCGAGGGCUCGGUGCCAGCCCGAGGGGGUGACGCUGCCGCCGGCCGCCCGCCGGCCGCCAGCCCCGGCUCUCCCCGGGGACGGGGAGCGGUGCGAGGGCUGGGGAGGAGGGAGCCGGGAGAGGUGCCGCGGGGCACCCGGGCGUGCCGGAGGGGCCGAAAGCUGGGGGUGUAAAAUGGGGAGGGGGGCGGAAACGGGUCGAGUCGGGCUGCCCGUCGCCCGCGGGUCGGAACGUAGCACUUUAAAGGGUCGCCUGGGUGGGCACAGAGGCUGGGGCAGGGGGACGCUGUGAUGCUCGGGGUGGGGGGACUGACCGCACGGGGACACCCCGCUGGGCCUCUGUCCCCUUCCCAGGCGCCGAACGCCCGUGGGGACAAGCAGGCGGGACGGGUCCCCGGAGCCCCCUGCUCCGGCAAAGGUGCUGGCCCCACGCCGCGGCCGGCGACCCCGCGGUCCUUCCCCACGGGAGCAGCCCCAGCCCUGCCGAGCCUGGGGGGCCCGGGGUGUCCCCAGGGCGCGUGGCCAGGCGACGCCUGCCCGCGUCCACCUCCCGUCAGCGCAGCCGAGCCGGGUGUGCACGGGGUGUGCACGGGGUGUGCACGGGGUGUGUGUGUGUGCGUGCGUGUGCGUGCGCCUGUACCCAGCGCUGCCGUGGGCGCAGCCCACCCGCAGCGCAGCACGAGAUCGAAUCACUCCUUUCGUUGGCUAGUUCGUCCUUGGGUUGGAUUUUUUUUUUUUUUCUUAUUUUUCUUCUUUUCCCCCCCUCUUUUUUUGUAUAUCAAUCAUUUUUGUACAGAAGAACGAGCCUUUUUUGAAUAACAAAGAGAAAAACAAAAAAAAAAAAAACAAAAAAAAAUCAUGAUGCAAUUUCUUUGGAUUGCAAAAAGCAACUCUUUACAUUUAAGUGAAGUGUCUUAACAUUUUAUAUUGUUUUAAAAAAAUAUAUUUACAUAUUAUAUAUAUAUAAUAUACGUAAUAUAAAUAUAUAUAUAAAUAUUUAAAAAGAAAAAGAAAAGAAAUAAAUCUCUUCACGUCUGGUAUAUUAGGGGGUGGAUUUUCUUCCCUGGUUAGACUAUAGCUCCUUGUGAUUUUUGAGAGGGUCAGUUCCUAGCGGCUUGUUAGCCCUCGUGCUGAGUUCGCAUCCUCCGUCCAGCACCUUCCUUGUCCCGUCCCUGCCCCUUGCCGGAGCAGGGGGUGGAAGGGGGCCAGGUGCCCCCAGGGGCGCUGACGCCCAUGGGUGAUGGCCCCGGGGCCGGGACAGCCCCCACCUCCCUCCCGGCAGCAAUAGCAGUCACCUGAUGCAUUUUAUUUAAUUUUAAUUAUUUUUUUUCUUGGUACCAAAGUGAAACACUGUAGCAAAGCAGCAGCUUCUUAUGGCCAGGAUGGGGUUGGGGGGGGCACACCCCCCACCACCACCCCCCCAGCCCCUCUCCACAGCCCCCCCCCCCCCGACCCACACCCAUCCCGGUGCUCCCGUGGGGCUGGACGUGCCACCCUCCAUCCUGUCAGCACCCAUGGAGGGGUUCUUACGGCCUCCCCCCACCCCACCUUGCUGUCCUGGGGGUGCGAGGGGGACAAGUGCCACCAUCCCCCCCGUGGCCCCCCCCGGGGACUUAGACAUGCGGGUGCAAAGGGGUCGGGGCAGGGAGGCCUGGAUUUAGGGCAGCCCCAUCCCAGUGGCACCCAUGGGUGUGCCAGGGCACCCAUCCUGCUGGCAGCAAGCUCCAGCUGUUGGGGGGCAAGGGGGGGGGGAGGGUCAUACCAUUCCCUCUGCUGCACCCCAGCGUUGUCCCGGGAGCCCCCUCCCAGGCAUCGCCGCUGCGGGGUGCCACGCUGUGGGACCCCCCACCCCCAGACCGGGAGGGUGGCGCUGGGUGAGGGGGUGCACGGCGCUGGCUUGCACCCAUUUCUUCCCCCCCCCCCCACCCUGCCCCGCUGCCCAUCAGGCUGGUUCCUCCGUGAGCGUGUGUCUCUGCGUGCGUGUGCGUCCGUCCUUUCAUGGCAUCAUGCAAACUGCCCGUCUGCACCAACCCCGGUGCCUUCGCUGAAGCAAGAGGAUAAAAAUAAAAUAAAAUUAUAUAAAAUAAGAAUAAAACACACAAAUAAAAACUUGAUUCUGGUUUAAACCAGGGGAAAAAAAAAAAAAAAGAAAAAAAAAAAGGGAAAUGUUGCAAAAACAGUCAAAAAAAAGGCAAAAAAAAAAAGGGAAAUGUUGCAAAAACAGUCCAAAAAAAGGCAAAAAAAAAAAGGAAAAAAGGAAAAAAAAAAAAAAGCGCUGCCUGCAUCGUGCAUGUGUCGGAGGCGCCCGCUGCAUGCGCACCCCGCUUUACUCGUCUGGAUGUUGUUUAAAAAAGGCUACGACUUUUAAAAGAUUAAAAAAAAAAAAAAAAAGAAAAAAAGAGGAAAAAAAAAAAAUCCUGAUACUCUUUAGAGGCUGUUUUGGGGUUUCUACAACGUUGUGUGUCUCUUAGCAUGACUUUUCUUGUGAACUGUUUUAAAAGAAAAAAAAAUAAUUAAAAAAAAAAAAAAACAAGAACAAAAAAAAAACCCGAAACAAACAGGCCUUGCAGGGGGCGGGGGCGGGGGCGGGGGGGGCUGGCCCCCCGCCCCCCCGCCCUGCGCCCAUCGCUCUCCCUGUGUCGCUGUGGAUGCCAUGGGUAGUUCUGUGCGCAACGUGACCAUUGUAACUUGCAAACUCCGAUGACAAAGGGUUGCUCUUUAUUUUUUCUUUUCCCUUUAUUACUUUUCUUUUCUAUCAGAGUGUCUGGCUUUAAUAAAAUUACUUUGGUUUUUUUUU